AUGAAACAGAAAACCGCUUCGCGGCAGCUGGAACAGAAGGGAGGGCUGCUCGAUGGAAAACCAGCGAAGCAGGGACGCGAAACGUUGCCGACCAAAACCCUUCAGAACCAGAAUGUGGCAGACCUAAAGGCCCACAAGCGGAGGCAAGUGCCCGAGAUCGGGAGGACGAGUACCUCGGCCAACGUAUCGCGGAAAACGCAGCCAACUGGAAGGCGGAGGGCUGCUGACACCGGCUCGGCGGAAAAUGCAGAAAGCAGAGACUCGACACUGGACAACGAAAGCGAAGAUGAACUCAAUCUAGAGAUGAACUCAAGCCAUGAAGGCAGUGAUCAGGACGAAGGGCCUCAGGACGGAGGCAAAUUUCUGCUGAGUGAAUCGUCGGAAGAUGAAGAUGAACCUGAGCUCGAUCAGCGAUUUUCGGAGGGAUUCGGAAGCGAUUCGGAAGAGGAAGAGAACAGUACUUCGUCUGAGGGAGACGAAGAUGAAGAGCGCCAGCAGGAUCCAGUGUUAAAGAGGAAACGGAAAAGGUUUGCCGCCGGCAGCGAGGACGAUGAUGACGAAGAUGAACCAGAGAGCCGUGGCGGGAAACCAGGAGCAGGCCUCAGUCUUUCUGGUGGAGUUGUUCUGGACCCGUCUUCAAUGGAUCUGGCCGCCGUCAAACAGCGCAUGGGAGAGACGCUUCACAGUCUCGCGAACUUUGUCCAGUUUCGAGUCUCGCAAGAAAACAAACGGCGAAAAAACCUGGGGAAUCAGCGAUCUAAGGAUACAGAUGCCGAUGGAGGAGUUGUCACGCGGCGACAGCUGAUGGACAAGUUGGCUGCGGACAUUGUUACUUACUAUCAGUAUCGACCGGAGCUCGUGGAAUAUUUUCUUCAGCUUUUCAAACCCCAGGAGGCGUAUGCUUUCUUCGAAGCGAACGAGGAAAACCGCCCUAUGACGCUGCGAACGAAUUCGUUAAAGACCAGACGUCGCGACCUGGCAGCUGCGCUGAUUGCGCGUGGGUGCAAUGUUGAUCCCCUUGGCGACUGGACGAAAGUUGGACUUAAAGUAUACGAGUCCUCAGUCCCUGUUGGCGCUACUCCCGAGUACUUGGCCGGGCAUUACAUGCUGCAAUCGGCUGCCUCCCUAAUUCCCGUGAUGGCUCUUGCUCCUCAACCAGGUGAAAAGGUCGUGGACAUGGCAGCCGCUCCAGGUGGCAAGACUACGUACAUUGCGCAGCUGCUCAAGAACGAAGGUAUCCUCUUUGCAAAUGACGCAAAAAAAGAGCGAUGCACGUCCCUCAUGGCCAAUCUGCAUAGGCUUGGUGUGACCAACUGCAUCGUCAGUUGUGUGGAUGGCCGCACUCUGCCGACCAUUUUGCCUCCUAUGGACCGUGCCCUAUUGGAUGCACCGUGCACGGGAAGUGGCAUCAUCGCGAGAGAUCCCUCUAUCAAGGUGAAGAGAAAACCGGAAGACUUCGCGGAACAUUCCAAACUGCAGAAGCAGCUUCUGUGUGCGGCCGUAGACGCCGUCAAUGCGGACUCCCCAACGGGAGGCUACAUUGUGUACUCCACGUGCAGUAUUUCAGUUGAAGAAAACGAACAAGUUGUGGACUACAUUUUGACGGCAAGAAAGGUGAAACUCGUUCCUCUCGGCGUCGAUAUCGGCGUGCCUGGACUCUCCGGAUUCCGCGGCCGGCAAUUCCACCACUCGAUCCCGUUGUACACCCGGCGCUUCUACCCGCACGUGAACAAUUUUGACGGCUUUUUCGUGGCAAAGUUUAAGAAGCUGUCGAACAAGAAGCCAGAGCGUGUGCAAAAGGAUCGACGCAAGCACAACCCUUUCGUCAAAGUGUGGGAUAAAGAGCACUGGACUCCAGAAUGCAUGGAUCAGCUGAUGACUUUCCCGGAGGAUGAUAAGACAGAAAUGAACAAGCCGAACACGAAGGCGACUAACCGCAACGGCUCAGCGCCGCCGCCCAAGAGGGAACGAGGACAUAAAUCAGGGCAGGACAAGGCAAUUCCGAAUUCGGAGUCGAAAAAGAAAUCUUCUGCUCGGAACACUGCCGUCGGAGGAAAACCCAAGGCGCCGAACCCUCCAGGCGUCGCCUCUAGGAGUGAGAGUAGUGCGAGCUCAGCGGCAGCCGAAACAGCAGCAGGUCCGGCCAAGGCGAAGCGGGCGCAGCAGACCGCAAACGUCAAGGGGGAGAGAAGCCAGUCAACAUCCAAUGAUUCGUCCAACGAUAUUCCUAGUCGUGCGGCCACAGAGGAUAUCGGUGGAGGGACGGGAUCCGCGGAAAGGUUAGUUAGCAAAGGUCAAAAUCACUCCGGAAGAAAAGUCGGUGCGACUAAACAAAGUACUUCCCUGAAGGCACAAGCCAGAGGAGGGAUUUCUAAGAAGCGUGCGAAGGUUGAGGGUGUGGGGACGCAGUAA